UUCAUCGCGGCCGAUCACGACGGAGCCAUCAUCGCGACCGAAGACGCAGUUGCUGCUCUCACCGCGGACGUCAUCUCCUUUUACUCCUACGGCCAAAGCUUCAACUACCUCGACCAUCCGACCUUCAACAGCGCCGUCCGGAGGGGAGUGAAUGGGAUGACGCACGUUGUCCACUUUAAUCGCUUCUUCCCCAUCUUGGCGGUCCUCCUCAGGGGCCUACCCGUGGAACUAGUCCGAAAGGUCCAACCCCUUUGCAGCUCUGGUAAUGGAAAUGAGGAAUGGUCUCAAGAACAUGGCAUCUAACUCCGUCAAAGCCUGCCAAGAAAAGGGUGAACGAGCCACCAUCUUCGGAGCCAUGAAUGUUGAGGAGAUUCCGGCGUCCGAACGGACCGUGGAGCGGUUAACAGACGAAGCCCAGAUUCUGAUUGCCGCGGGCACGGAGACUACGGCGCGGGACUUGGUAGUUUGGACGUAUUCUCUGUGUCUGCAGCACGAUGUGCUUCACCGUCUGCGGAAGGAACUCAAGCAGCUGGGGUCCGAUCGCCCGACCUGGACAGAAUUGGAGAGUCUUCCGUACUUGGGCGGUGAUCAACGAGGGUCUUCGCAUGUCAAUUGGAUUGACUAUCCGCCUGCCGAGAGAGUGGCACCUGAUGAGGAUCUGGUGCACAACGACUGGGUUAUCCCACGAGGAACCCCCAUCAGCUCGUCAUCCUAUCUAAUCACUAUGAACCCUGACCUGUUCCCGGAACCCACAACCUUCAACCCGGAUCGGUGGCUCAAGGCAGCAGAGAAUGGGGAGAACCUAGGCCAAUUCAUAACCAACUUUACCAAGGGCAGUCGAUCAUGCAUCGGGAUCAAGUAUGACCCCGGAUAAUCAGGUUUGAGUUGAAACAUGCUGACGAGUUCCGCUUGGCGUAUGCGGAACUCUAUUUGACUACAGCGGCUGUGGUGAGUCGUCUCGACAUGGAGCUGUGCGAUACUGCCAGUGAGAAUAUCUGGCCGCAUCGGGACUUUGGCGUUACCUUUACCAAGGACGAUUUAUUUGGGGUAAAAGUGGCGAACAAGAAGGCCUUACGUUAAGGUCUCGGGGUCUGUACCGUGAGUCCGGCUAAAGAUGUUUUAUCAG